AUGAACCAAAAGCUGAAAGACACAUCGUUCUACUCCCCAGUCCUAGAUCAACUCGAAAUCCCUCUCAUUGAAACAAAGUCCUUCGGGGCAUUCUUCGAGGACGUCGACAAUCCAUCUUUAUUUCGUCAACCUCCCAGUCCUGAAGUCGACGCCGCCUGGGACGACCUCGAAUGGAUCGGAAGAUUCUACGUCACUGAUGAAGAAGUCGUCAAGCUAGGCAAAGACCCAUCAAUAACAGUCAAGUCUCCAAGACACCCCGGGAAAAACAUAGCCAUCGUCACAGUCUUCCACGAACUCCACUGCCUCAACUCCCUCCGCAAAGCCCUCUACCCCGAGUAUUACUUCGGUACACCGCGAACGGACGAGAUCUACUGGUCGCAUAUAUACCAUUGUAUCGACGCCAUUCGGCAGUCGCUUAUGUGCAACGCCGACGUCGAUGUGACCACGUGCCAUUGGGUCGAGACGCAAGAGGCUCCGUAUGCGGACUUGUCGAAGAAUCAGGUCUGUAGAGAUUUUGACGCCAUAAAGAGUUGGCAGAAUGAGACGAUGGAGGAUUUGAAUGAUGUUCCGGUUCACAAGCAGGGUGGGGAGGUUGAACUUCCGAGGCCGAAGAAGUUGAAGCAGAUACAUGAGGCUUCAGAGAAUGCUGGUGCUUAG